AUGUGUGACGACGAUGUAGCAGCUCUUGUUAUUGACAAUGGUAGUGGUAUGUGCAAAGCUGGUUUUGCCGGUGACGAUGCUCCACGUGCCGUAUUUCCAUCGAUUGUUGGUCGACCACGUCAUCAAGGUGUCAUGGUUGGUAUGGGCCAAAAAGAUUCCUAUGUCGGUGAUGAAGCACAAUCAAAACGUGGUAUUCUUACAUUGAAAUAUCCAAUUGAACAUGGCAUUGUUACCAAUUGGGAUGAUAUGGAAAAAAUCUGGCAUCAUACUUUUUACAAUGAACUUCGUGUUGCGCCUGAAGAACAUCCGGUACUUCUUACUGAAGCACCACUUAAUCCAAAAGCUAACCGUGAAAAAAUGACACAAAUUAUGUUCGAAACAUUUAACACACCAGCUAUGUAUGUCGCUAUUCAAGCGGUACUGUCAUUGUAUGCAUCUGGUCGUACAACUGGUAUUGUGCUCGAUUCGGGCGAUGGUGUUACACAUACAGUUCCAAUCUAUGAAGGAUAUGCAUUACCACAUGCUAUUCUUCGUCUCGAUUUAGCUGGUCGUGAUUUAACUGAUUAUUUAAUGAAAAUCUUAACUGAACGUGGUUAUUCAUUUGUCACAACAGCUGAACGUGAAAUUGUUCGUGAUAUUAAAGAAAAACUAUGCUACGUUGCAUUAGAUUUCGAACAAGAAAUGGCUACAGCUGCUUCAUCAUCAUCAUUAGAAAAGAGUUAUGAAUUGCCUGAUGGCCAAGUCAUUACAAUCGGUAAUGAACGCUUCCGUUGCCCAGAAGCUGUGUUCCAACCAAGCUUCCUCGGCAUGGAAACAGCUGGUAUCCAUGAAACAACAUACAACUCAAUCAUGAAAUGCGAUAUUGAUAUCCGUAAAGAUUUAUAUGCUAACACGGUUCUUUCUGGAGGUACAACUAUGUAUCCAGGUAUUGCUGAUCGUAUGCAAAAAGAAAUAACAUCAUUAGCACCAUCAACAAUGAAAAUCAAAAUCAUUGCACCACCUGAACGAAAAUAUUCAGUAUGGAUUGGUGGUUCAAUCUUAGCCUCAUUAUCAACAUUUCAACAAAUGUGGAUUUCCAAACAAGAAUAUGAUGAAUCAGGCCCAUCAAUUGUUCACCGAAAAUGCUUUUAA